UCGACUGUCCGGCUCCAAGCUGACCAACACUCAACCGCCUAGCAGACCCAACCUCUCGCCUCACUCCUCAGUCCUCAACUCCAGGAGCUCGAAGCCCCUCAGCUGCUCCUCUCAACACCUUCGCCUCCGCCGAACCUCGCUUAAUUGGCCGGCCAAUGGCAAAGCAGUCCAAGAAUUUAGCGUGGAGUCAGGCCUUCCUGAUUGGCUGGCUGGGAAGUGUCUGGGAGGCUGAGCGUUCCCGGGCAGGACUGCAGUGCACGCCGCCAGCCUCGCUGCAUUGUGCGCUCGUGGGAAAGGGUGGCAGGGAGGCAGGCAGGCAGGCAGGCUGGCCGGCCGGAGGCGAAGGGGUCUGGGGCGUUGAGCCGAUUCCUGGGCCUUCUGGUGACAAGGAGAACUUGAUUUCAAGCCAUCUGCAUGUUUGAUGCUCCCGCUCUGCUAUGGAAUCCUGGCCUACGCUGGGCUGGCUCCUCUUCCUUAGCUUAAUUGCUGACUGCCUGAAGGGAACGCGAGCGCGGGACUUUACAGUGAAAGAUAUUGUGUACCUUCAUCCUUCAACAACUCCGUACCCUGGUGGAUUCAAAUGUUUUACCUGUGAACAAGCAGUAGAUAACUAUGAAUGCAACCAGUGGGCUCCAGAUGUAUACUGUCCAAGAGCAACAAGAUACUGCUAUUCUCAACAUACCCUGGAAGCCAACGGAAAGAGUGUAUCGGUCACCAAGAGAUGCGUGCCACUGGAGGAUUGUUUGACUACGGGAUGCAUCGCUCUCCAGCAUAAAGGACUCAAGGUGUGCACUUCUUGUUGUGAAGGAAACAUCUGCAACUUGACAUUACCUAGGAAUUCAAGCGAUGCCGUAUUUUCAACAACAACGCCUAUAAAUCAUACGCAGAGACAUUGGCAAGAUACAUCUGUAAUAAUGUUAGGUCUCCUGUCUCUCUUUGCUACGUAGACCCUUUUGGAUAAAUUACCAACUAAACAUCAAGGAAAUCCAGUGGGAUGAAAAUAUUUAUGCACACAAAUAUGACCUUAAUUUAAUAUAUGUUUUUCAAUGCUUUCUUUUAUUAAGUGACAUUUUAAAACAAUCCUUUGAAUUCCUUUUAGCCUUGGCUGACUGAGAAGCCAUAUUUUCUGAUCUGUGUCUUUAAAAAAAGGAGGGACUUUUGUUAUGAGUUGAAUGUUCUAAACAAAAACGUUUGUAUAGCCAUUAAAAAUAGAUGUAUUUUUUUUAAAAAAACCAUUCUUUAGUCUAGUGAAAGGAGCAUUUCUAAAAAUUGCAUACUUUGAAUAAUAUCAAUUGAAAACCAGGGUUUCAAAAUAACACUAUUCUGCUAUGCAAGAAAGGAUUCUAGAUAAUUGUCUUACAGCAGCAAACCAGUCUUAGCUUGAUCAUUGUAUUGGAUUUGAUCUCGAUUUAGGAGUUUAUAUUAGUAUAUCUCUAGACAAGUGGUGCAGUGGCCUAGAGGUGGAGCUCUCACCUCACAAUCAGGAGGCUGUGAAUUCGAUCCUAGGUAGAGUCAGAUAUUUCUCUCUCUGGGCACAAUGAGAAUAUAUCUGCUGAACAAAACUCCUCAUUGGCGAAAGGAAAGGCAUCCGGCCAGUAAACACUCAGCUCCACUCAGUUGCCCAGACUCCACCCCACAAGGGAUUAUGGGGUCAUUAAAAGGAGAUGAUGGUUAGUAUAUCACUGGACAUAGUAAAAUCACAACUAAAGUCUCCAUGAUAUUAAUAAGACCUAUGCCAAGACUAGAUUUAAUCCAUAUCUUUUAAUCAACUAUAGGAGAUCAAUACUCAUUUUAGAAAAAUCAUGCUCAUGAGUGUUAAGCAGGCAUGUGGUUAUUCCCCUGGAUGUACGAAGAUGACAAAUGAUUCUUCUAAAAUGUUCUUUAAUCUGGUAAGAAUUUUUAUUUUUAAAAUGCCUAAGCAGGUUUAAAAUAGUCUAUUCAAAUAGUUAUGCUGAUUAUUAAAAAGUUUUAAAUUUUUAUUUAACCGAACCAAUUAAUUAGUAGUAAGACUGUAAUUCUGUACCCAGUUGCUGAGAGUAAAGCCCAUUGCACUCAUUCUGUGAGAUUGCCAAAUUAUUCAUAUGUCCUUGGAAGUAAAUACUAUGGGAAUCCCUGCCAUUUACUGUUGAACAAACAUGCCAAGGAGAGUGCUAUGCAUGGUGCAGCCUAUGUCUGAUGUGCUUAUCGAAGCUUGCCUUUUAUUUAUUUGUUCUGCAUGUAUGCCAUCUUUGUUUCCUUUGUGAAGCUCUAUGUGUGCAUCAGAACCUUGUUGGGGAUCUCUGGGCUAUAAUAAAAAAAAGGCACAUUUCAAUAAGAGUUUCCUGCAACAACUGUAAUAAAGAUUUCAACUUGAUCAGAGCUUUCGGUAUAGAGCAGGGAUGUCAAACUCAUGUCAUCAUGGCAGUGUCACGUGAUGUAUUGGGACUUUCCCCCUCCCCCCUUUGCUAAACCAGGCAUGGGCAUGGCCAGCACGUGACACAUUCAGCCUACUGACCGGGAGCUUAACAGCCGUAGUAUACAGAUGUAUGGUGGAUGAAUGGCUUGCAUUGAAGAACUAUUUCAAAUUCCACACUCCAUUUGUGCCAUCCAACAUGGUUUAUUUUACAUAUUGGGUUGCAAUAUUUGUAUUUGUAUAAUACAGGGGAGUAAAACUGGCGGCCUCCAGGCCGGAUGCAUCACGGCCACCCCAGCUCCAUGAAUGGGAAAAACGUCACAAAACGUCACGUGACGGCAAUGUGACGCAGUGAGUUUGAUACCCGUGGUAUAAUAGAAUUAGAAUUGCUACCAUGUCGUAUAGAGUUGUGGUCUUAAGUUGCUACAGAUAGUCCACAACCUAUGACUAUAAGCAAUCACUGCAGUUGUUAAGCUAACCCAUUAUUCGCUAUGGCGCAUUUUUGCUGAAAACUGGAAGCAAACUGGAAGUAAAGCCUGGUUUUCAGCAAAAAAAUUGUGGUCAUGUGACCAUAAGAUGCUAGAAAAAACUCUCAAAGCAGUCUGGUUGCUAAGCACCCAAAAUGCAGUCACAUGACUGGGGGAGAGGGGCAGCCAUCUUUGGAACCGUGUCGUAAGUAUCUAUCUUUUGGGGGAAUCUGUCAUAAGUUUGAAUGGUCUUUGAGUAACCAGUCAUAAGUCAAGGACUACACGUAUGAGCUGUGCUGCUGUUGUUUAAGCAGGUGCAUCUAUUUUGAAUAGAAAGAAAGUCUGAUUCCUUUAAUGAAGAGCUGCGAAAUGCCAUGCUAGCACAAGGUCCAAAGCCCUUCAUUUUAAAAUCUUGCACAGUCCCGUUAUACGGUUCUGUUAAAUACCUGACCUGCCUCCCGAACUAAAAACAAAGAGAUGUCUCAGAGAUGUCUGUGUUUUUCAUGUAAGGUCUGAUAAAAUAAAAGGAUUUCCAAAUGGGAGGAGAAUGAUUUUUCAAACUAGUUUGAGAACCCAAGAAUAGCCGUGUUUGAUGGGUUCAGGACCAUCUUAGACCAGCUCUUAGUUUCUCAAGGUUGCUACAGAAGCCUCAGAAAUAGGAGAUGGAGAUAGACCCCUCACUUGUUACUGGUUUUUUAAAUUUAUUUAUUUAUGCAGCAAAUAAUUUUAAUUCCAUAAAAUGGGGAACACGUUUUGAAGACCCCAAAUCUACUGUAGAGUUAAGCAGUCAUUGAAAUUAAAUGCUCUUUCCCCUUUGAACUCAUUUUUUCCCCUGCACUCCUUUCCAAGGGAUUUGGCUUCUGCACGUUUUUUUACACUCAUAGUUUUGUAGGCUCAAGCGUAUUGAUGGCCUCUUGGAAAGGCGUAUUACUUUUAACAACAUUGGUAAGGAACCCUAAGAUGUAUUCAAUAUUGAAUGACACUACUCUCAUCAUAUUAAACCUAUUAGAAUUCUUUCUUGAGAUCUGACAUACAGACUAAUCGUAAAAUAAUCUCAGGUUGCAAAGGGAAGCAAAAUUGGAACAGUCCAUGUAACAUUGUAGGAUAUUAUAGAAGUCUGGCUGAAAAGAAGUCAUGUUCAUCUACUGAAAGUUGUUGCAUUAGACCUGUUUCCAAGCCUGCCCCUCAAUUUACCAAAGCAAUUAUAAGUAUAUGACCAGUACUCUAUGUGCCAAAAGUGAAAAAUAUGUUCAAUAUCUGUGUUUAAAAUGAUGCUAACUCCGAAAUCUAGAUACGGUAAUUCUCCCUUCUUGUUUACUGAAGAAAGAGGUUUGUUGAAGGACGUUAAAACAGCGUCUGCAUACCAUUCCCACCAUGCUGCUGUGACUUCUCAUGUAGUGGUUUCAGAUUGUGUGAGAGGUCUGUGGAGAUGCUUGGUCAUCCAGGUCAUGAUUGUCCCAAAGGUGCUUUUUCAAAAGGCAAUUGGUCUUUAUUUUUUCCUUGAAGCUGUUUCGCUUAUCCUCCAAGAAACUUCCUCAGAACUCAAGAAGCUUCUUGGAGGAGAAGCGAAACAACUUCAAGCAAAAGCAAAGAAAGUCCAGUUGUCUUUUGAAGAAGCACCUUUGGGACAACCACGACCUGGAUGACUGAGGAUUUCCAUAGAUGUCUUCAAGGAAAAACAAAAUCCAGUUGCCUUUUGAAAAAGCAAUCCCUUCGGGAUUGUGUGAGAUCUUUCCAUGGCUGCAACAUCCAUUUUGGAGAGAUGGCUGGCAUUGUAGUGGGGGGAAAAAAAAGGUUGUGAUUACCUCUGCUACAAGUUGUACAGAAAGAUGAUGUCAUGUGGUCAAGAUUACUGACUUACGUAGUACAUAUGUGAAGAUCUGCCCUAAAUAGAAUUCUUUGCGGUAACUGUUCGUCUUAAAACAACAAGCUGUGUUUAGUGUAGUACAAUCAGGCUUCCAUUUGUGCAGUGGAAUUAAACUUCACUCAUCUUCCCCCUUGCACAUACCUCCAAGCCUGCUCCGAGGAGAGGGUAUGUCCCAACCUCUGGAACAGAUUUGAUGGAUGCACACCCAUGGAGGAAGUUUCUGUCCUGUUGGAUGCAGUCCUUUGUAUUGUAUAUCUUGUGAAUACUCUGAAAGGUGGUGGGUAUUUCUUGCAUGAUAAUAGUCAUCUAUUAACAUAUUUGGGUGACUCAAGACAUCGGUUUGGAUGGACGCUUCUUGUUUAGAAGUGAACACGAUAGAAUUAUCCUAUCUGUAAAAUCUGCAGCUCUCUGAAUGUAGUAAAUGUUGCCCAGGUUGUUACUCAUUUGAAUUCCAACAUAUGGUACUGUACUUCUUAAUUUGGAUUUUUUUUUACAGUUCAAGCGUGAUAAUGUUGUAACUUGUAAGUCGAGCAUUUGUGUUCCAUUUUAAAUUUAGAUGUUUAGGAUGGAAAAAAUAAUAUUUCUCCCUUCUCCAUUCCAUUUACUUAUCAAGGGGAGAAUACCAUAAGGGCAUGAUAACCUGAAGCCAAAUGUGUGCCAAAUUUCCUGGUUAUUCUGCUAUCUUUGUCUUUGGUUUUGCUUUGGUUUCUUUCUGUUUGUUUGUUGGUUGGUUGGUUGGUAAUCUUGUGAAUGUUUCCUGUGUAAAUAGCAAUCCCAGCUUGUCAAUGUUGUUGUAAAUUUUGUACAUUCUAUAAAUGACUUAAAAUUUUCGUGGUUUGAUUUU